CUCUCUCGCCAGCAUCGCAAUCGCAAACCCCUAAACCCCACGAAAUGGCGCCGCCGCCGCCGCCAGCAGCCAUCUCCCACCUCCGCCGCCGCCUGCUGCCCCUCGCCAUGCGCCGCCUCUUCUCCACCGCUACCGCCACCUCCCCGCGUCCCCCUACUUCGCCGACCACGGAGUCCGUGCUCUACUCGCUCCGCAGCCUCUCCAAGGACCCGCCGCUGGCGCUCGCCUUCUUCCGCCGCUCCGCCGCCGGGGGCCACCCGCUCGGCUCGGCCGCCUACAACCUCAUGCUCCGCACGCUCGCCUCGCGCCCGGCCUCCGCGCAGGACCACUUCUGGCCUUUCCUCCGCGACAUGGAGGCCGCGGGCCACUCCGUCGAUCAGGGCACCUACCUCGCCGCGCUCGCCUCCUUCAAGAAGGCCAGACUCGCCGCCGACUACGCCUCCCUCUCCGCGCGCCUCGCCAAGGACAGGGACGACGCCGCGCAGGCGGGCGGCACCCCUGUCUCUGCCGCCGCUGAGGCCGUCCGGGGGCUCGAGGAGGGAUCGGAUGAAGCGCUCGAGAAGAGGCUGGAGGGCGUCGAUCUGCUGCUGCCGCUCACGGAGACCACCGUGGCCAAGGUGCUCCGGGAGCUGAGGGACUGCCCGGUCAAGGCUCUCGGGUUCUUCAGGUGGGCUGGGCGUCAGAAAGGGUACACGCACGGGUCGGUGGCUUACAAUGCGAUGGCGAGGGUGCUUGGCCGGGAGGAGUCGGUGCAGGAGUUCUGGGAGCUGAUCCAGGAGAUGAAAGCCGAUGGGAUAUAUUUGGACAUCGACACCUACGUGAAGCUCAACAGGCAGUUCCAGAAACGCCACAUGAUGACAGAGGCUGUGGAGCUCUACGAGCUUAUGAUGGAUGGCCCCUACAAGCCGUCGAAGCAGGACGGGCCCGUGCUCCUCAGGCGCAUUGCGCUGGGGCCAUCGCCCGAUCUCGAGCUUGCCCAUCGGGUUGUCAGAAAGUUCGAGGCCGUGUACGAGUUCAAGACCAAGGAUGUGUUUGAUGGAAUCCAUAGGGCGCUGACAAGUAAUGGCAGGUUCGAUGAGGCCGCGGAGGUCAUGGAAAGUAUGAGAAGUGAAGGCCACCAGCCGGACAACAUUACGUAUAGCCAAUUGGUGUUUGGGCUAUGCAAGGCUAACAAGUGUGAUGAAGCUCGCAAGGUGCUUGUUGAAAUGGAGAACGAAGGAUGCGCACCGGAUUUGAAGACUUGGACCAUGUUGAUCCAAGGGCACUGCACGGCUGGAGAGGUCGACAAGGCUCUGCAGUACUUGACAGAGAUGAUUGAGAACAACUUGGAUGCAGAUGCCGAUUUGCUGGAUGUUAUGGUCAGAGGUCUGUGUAACCAAGACAAAGUUGACGCGGCUUACACUUUGUUUGUUGAGAUGGUGGACAAGGCCCAGUUAAACCCUUGGCAAGGCACUUACAAGCAUAUAAUUAGCGAGCUGCUGAGGGUAAAGAAACUUGAGGAGGCACUGGGCCUUCUUAAAUCAAUGAAAGCCCGCAAGUUUCCACCUUUUGCUGACCCCUUCCCUCCUAACAUUGCUGAAUAUGGGACGCUUGAAGAUGCUAAGGACUUUUUGAAGGCCUUGAAAGGAGGGGUGAACAGCUAUCCGUCUCACACUGCCUAUCUGCACAUGUUCAAGUCAUUCUUUGCGGAGGGGAGGUAUUCAGAAGCUCAAGAUUUGCUGUACAAAUGCCCUAUCCAUAUCCGCAGGCACCAUGACAUCACCAAGCUGUUUGAAUCAAUAAAAGUUGAGACUACUUCUUGACUGAAGAAUGAGAAAUAGUUGAGUUGCUUGAUGAGAUGGAUUUGCUGCAGAAAUCAAAGGGGAAUUGCACGCUAGAAUCUGCCUGGAAGAAAUUUGCAGCACACAUAACGUGACGCGGGUAAAUUCUCUGGGUCAAGCCAGGCACUGAUUGUUUGGCUGAGUUUGGCACGAUAAAGUGGUGACAGAAAGCAAUGAUAUAUAGAUACGCUCCUCUGAAGAUGCUCCAUAUAUAUCUUAUUAUGCUCUAGCAUUAUCUCCCGAAUGUUUAUCACAUGGGCAUCUUGAAUUCUCGAUGAUAUUAUAUGGCCACAUAUGACCGCAACGACUGUAACAGUUGAGAUUCUAGCAAGGAAAGGUUACUUGGCUAGUUACCACAUUUGUGUAAACAUCACAAACUGAACUUCCCAAAUCUCAGACAGUUGCGAACUUGAGACCUAUUGCUGGUAGCAUUAUCAUCUUUCUA